GUCGGUUUAAACACCUCACGACUCGGGAAGUGAUUUAUUUUUCGCAUCGCUAGGUACACACGACACAGAUAAUCGCGAGUUAUCGUAACUUCUAGAACCCGCUUUUCGACAGCAGCUCCCAAGACGCGACCGUUGAGGACCUCCUCACGCACGACUAAUUCUCUAGCCUCAUACCACCCCCACCUCGAACAUAACAAAAACGGAAAUGUCAACGCUCAGAGAUAUCACCUCCUUGGAGGAAUGGGAGGCGCACCUGGCCUCACUCCCGGCCUCAACUCUUCAGAUUAUAUACUUUCAUGCACCAUGGGCGCCACCUUGCGCUCAGAUGGCAACGGUGCUUAAGACCCUGGCAUCCGAAUACCCAGUAACUGACCCCCUCGCGACCUCGUGGGUAUCUCUCGAUGCCGAGGACUUGAGUGAUGUGAGCGAAACAUACGACGUCACGGCGGUCCCGUUCGUCGUUCUUUCGCGCGGCGGCAAGGUCCUCGAGUCCAUCAGCGGGAACAGCGCUCAGCGCGUGCGCACCGCGAUCGAAACCCACACUAGCGGCUCAGACACUGGCGCAAGCUCAGCAAGUGCCCCGGUGGCGGCUGGCGAUGAGGCCGCCAAGGCCGAGGCUGCACCUCAGGACCCGGAGAAGCAGAAGGAGGAGUUGUUCAAACGACUGGCGGAUUUGGUCAAGGCGGCACCGGUCAUGCUGUUCAUGAAGGGCACGCCCAGCGCGCCGCAGUGCGGCUUCUCGAGGCAGUUGGUCGCUCUGCUGAGGGAAAACUCAGUCAAGUACGGUUUCUUCAACAUCUUGGCGGAUGACGAGGUCAGACAAGGCCUUAAAGAAUUUGCCGACUGGCCGACAUACCCACAGCUCUGGAUGGAUGGUGAGCUGGUUGGCGGACUUGAUAUUGUCAAAGAGGAGAUUGGAAACGACCCGGACUUUUUCAAGGCCUAUAGCGUCAAGGCCAGCACAGAUGCUGCGGCGACAUCAUAGACACUUGAGAGCAAUAUAACAUACGCUAGCCACGAAGCAUUUGGCAUAAUUUGACUAGUAGCAUGAGCACGGAUUGAACAUGCUGCGGAAUAGGACCUCAAUUUGAACAUGGGCAGGCCACCAUUGAAGAGAAAAGGCAAAAAAAAAUAUAUAUAUAUAAAAAGCUGUUGAAAUCAUCAAUCGCGACUAAAAAGUCUAGAAGGAAGACGAUUCAAAAUGGGUCCGCCCAAGGAUCGGACCGACUGGAGAACUUGGA